AUGGACCGGUGGAAGAAGGGUGGUAGGGUGGCGGUCACGGCCCUGAUGGCGGUAGCGACGCGGCCAUCGAUUCUUGGCCGGAAUAUUGAGCCAUUCGCUGUGGUUCAAAUUAUACAUAAGGUUAAUCCGCCGUGCAAUGUCUCGGGUGCCCUAUUCUGGGAUCGGCGCACCCGCGCCGAUGAGAGGAAAACGGCAGCAGGAGUGCACGAACGCCAGGCCGAGCUGACGCCGACGGGAGAUGCCGACAUGUAAUGAAUUAUUUGAUGCUUGCAGCGACGAGA